UAUCAUGCGAAUGUCGCGGUAAAGCGAAGAAGUAGAGAAGCAUGGGUUGUUUAUUAUAUCCAAUGUAUUUUCUUAUUGUUUUGACAUAAUUAUCUGUGAAAUAUUGUUUUGAAUGAUGGAGCAGUCCAUUAAAAGAAGAUCUGAUGAACCGGAACCAAAAAUUCUGGAACCAGUUCUAAUACGAACCGACAACAAAGAUCGUAUACGUAUUGACAAAAAUCUGUUUAAAAUAGGCCGUGCAAGAGACAAUGACGAGAUUAUAUUGGAUGUUACAAUAUCUAGAAGACAUUGUAUCUUUAUAUGCGAUGAUAGAGAUGAAUGGAUGAUUAAAGAUUUAAGUUCAUCCGCAACAUUUGUCAAUAAUAUUGCUAUCUCUCCUGGAGUAAUACAAAAUAUUUAUCCAGGUGAUGUUAUACAAUUUAGUCCAAAUGAAACAUUCAAAUAUACAUUUACUCUUGCUGAAAAAGAUCAUUGUGUUAAGAGGCCAUGUAUAGAUGAAAAAAUACUUGAUACUGUUUUAAUCAAGCAGAAAACAUUUGCUGAAAAUCAAGAAUGUCAAAGAAAAGAACUUAAAGAUAAGCUUGAAAUAAAACAAAAGGAACAAAUUGAAUUAAAACAACAACUUGAAGAUCUGUUAUCGCAACAAACUGUUAUUCAAGAUGAUAAAGAAAAUUUAUUACGACAAAUUGAAAUACUAGAAAGUAAAAUAAAGACAGGUAAUGCUCAAGAACAAUAUUUGCAAAACAUGUAUUCCCAGUUAUUAGAAAAAUUGGAGAGCGAAAGGCAACAAUUUGAGACCAGGAUAAACGAGGAGAAGCAAAAAUGGCAAGAAGCACUAGAUAUGAGUAAGCAAGAGAAAGAAAUGUUAGAAAUAAAAAUGAGAGAACAAAUGGAAAAGUGGAGACAAGAACAACAAACAGAAUGGAGAAAUAUGAUGGAAAACAAGGUAAAAGAAGAAAAAAAUAUUCAAGCUCAAUUAUUGAAUGAGAAAAAUAUAUUAGAAGAGAGAUUGAAAGAAACGGAAAAAGCUUUAAAAGAACAAGAAGCAAAGGCGGAAACUUCACAGGCAAUGUUAAAUGCAAACCUAAUAACUAGUGAAGCAAGUACAGCAGAUAACUGUAUAUUUGUAGAAGUAAUUAAUGAUUCUUCAGAAUUCCAAAUAUUAGACACAAUAGAUUUAACUGGAUUAAGUCAAAAUAUUAUAGAAACUAAUACUAAGGAAAAUAUUCUUGGAAAAGUGAGCGACAUUAUGGAUGAACAAUUGACGUGUAGCAUAUGUUCAGAAUUAUUUGUGAGAGCAACAACAUUAAAUUGCACACAUACAUUUUGUCACCAUUGCAUAUGUAUGUGGAAUAAAAAACGAAGAGAUUGUCCUGUUUGUAGAAAAUCGAUAAUAUCAAUGAAUAGAUCAUUAGUUUUAGAUAAUUUUAUUGAAAGUAUGAUCGAAAACCUACCUACAGAACUUAAAGAAAGAAGAAGAGAGAUUAUAGAAGAAAGGAAAGCAUUAGAAAAGAAGAAACGUUAUUGAAACACAAAUCACACGAAGACAAAGCACACAAGGAGACUACAUAGUGUUACAGUAUUUUAUUAUAUAAAUUUUACAUCGUUAAAAAAACCAUAUUUAAUUUG